AUGCUGAGGUGCCUGGAUCCCUGGCGCAGGCACUUACUGAGCUGCAGCUGGAGUAGACUGUGCCUUCUGAAGCACUCUCUGUUUACAAUGAAGUUGCAGUCUCCAGAAUUCCAGUCACUUUUCACAGAAGGAUUGAAGAGUCUGACAGAAUUAUUUGUCAAGGAAAACCAUGAGUUGCGAAUCGCGGGAGGAGCCGUGAGGGAUCUGCUGAGUGGGGUGAAGCCGCAGGAUGUGGACUUUGCCACCACGGCCACCCCAGCUCAGAUGAAGGAGCUGUUCCAGUCGGUUGGCAUCCGCAUGAUCAACAACAAAGGAGAAAAGCAUGGGACCAUCACUGCCAGGCUUCAUGAAGAAAAUUUUGAAAUCACUACACUGAGGAUUGAUGUAGCCACUGAUGGAAGACACGCCGAGGUCGAAUUCACAACCGACUGGCAGAAGGAUGCCGAGCGCAGAGAUCUCACCAUAAAUUCCAUGUUUUUAGGUUUUGAUGGUACUUUAUUUGACUAUUUUAAUGGUUAUGAAGAUUUAAAAAAUAAGAAAGUUAGAUUUGUUGGACAAGCUAAACAGAGGAUACAAGAAGAUUAUCUUCGGAUUUUAAGGUAUUUCAGGUUUUACGGGAAAAUUGUUGACACACCUGGUGACCACGAUCCUGAGACUUUGGAAGCAAUUGCAGAAAAUGCAAAAGGCUUGGCAGGAGUAUCAGGAGAGAGGAUCUGGGUGGAACUGAAAAAAAUACUUACUGGUAACCACGUGAACCAUCUGAUUCAUCUCAUCUAUGAACUCGAUGUGGCUCCUUACAUAGGCUUACCUGCUAAUGCAAGUUUAGAAGAAUUUAACAAAGUCAGUAAAAAUGUGGAAGGUUUUUCACCAAAGCCAAUGACUCUCUUGACCUCAUUGUUCAAAGUACAGGAUGAUGUCACGAAAUUGGAUCUGAGGUUGAAGAUUUCAAAAGAAGAGAAGAAUCUUGGUUUAUUUAUUGUUAAAAAUAGGAAAGAUUUAAUUAAGGCAGUAGAUAGUUCAGAACCACUGAAACCCUAUCAAGACUUCAUUAUAGAUUCUAGAGAAGCUGAUGCGACUGCUCGUGUGUGUGAGCUGCUCAAGUACCAAGGCGAGCACGGGCUUCUGAGGCAGAUGCAGCAGUGGUCCAUCCCCCCGUUUCCUGUGAGUGGCCAUGACAUCAGGAAAGUGGGCAUUUCUUCCGGGAAAGAAAUUGGGGUGCUGUUACAGCAGUUGCGAGAACAGUGGAAGAAAAGUGGUUACCAACUGGAAAAAGAUGAACUACUGAGUUACAUAAAGAAGACCUAA